AUGCACUUUUUCACUUCUAAUCAGCCGGAAAACCGAUUGUCCCCACAUUCGUCGCGUGAUGAAACUGCCAUUUGGUUGGGCUGUUCAGGAAUAAUGCUAGUCUGUACCGGUCUGAUUUGCCUCAACUUUCGAGCUCGACUGUUGAAUCGGACUACCUGGAAGGAAAAACAACAGCAACAACAACAAAAUGAUACGGAACAGUCACCAGCGGAACAAAAGAAGCACCAUCAUUAUCAUCAUCAGCAGCAGCAGAAAAGCCAGCUAACCGAUCGUCCUCUCCCUCCUCCCAAUCCGGCACAAACGGAUUGUCGUUUGGUCUACCCAGAAUUGUAA